AUGGAGGCCAGCCAGGGCCAAAAUGGCUAUCCAUAUUUCCGACCGGCAACGACGGUUACCAUCACUUCAGAUCAAGAUCUUGAAAAGCAGCGGCAACUUGAGGAAUGGGAUGAGGUUAGGAGGUCUGCCCCUUCACCUUUCCUUGGCCCGGAGGGCAAGGCGCAGCCUGUCAUUGCAUUGUUUGCCCUGAUUUUGUGGUUUCUCGCCUCUGCAGCUGGCAUUACCUUCUUCAUCCUGGCCUUGGUGGGCAUCGUCGUUUCGAGGGCCGCAGAGCUGCCCAGCCGCACCGUGGUCUUUGCAGCGUCAGUAAUUGGAGUCAUCUAUACCGUGGUUCACUUGGCGGCUGCCAGGACCAGCUACAGGAAAAAGGAACACGGGUCUCCUCAGAUAUACGGCAACUACAAGCAUGCUAUGGGGCUUUUGUUGGUGCGGCUUAGCGUGCCUGUCUGGAUAACUGCACUUGUCACUGCAGCUCUGGCCGUUGCCAACAUGCAAGACGCACUCAUGCGGUCCUUCCUGACAGACCCAAAACAGAUGUCCUACGUUAACCUCAUGAUAGCUGCUGUUGGACUACUAGCAAAUCUUUCUCUUCUCUUCUGCGUGGAGACUUCAGUGACACCCUUUGCGACAUCCCUAAUCUCCAAGAAUGAGUUUCUACAACGUCGUGGCAAAACCUCGUCUAUGAUGUUUGAAGAAUACGUGAUUGAGGAAAAGAGUCGAGAGCCACAACUAUCCUUUGGCUUCAGUCAACCACAACAAGAAGAACACCGUGUGCUGAAUAGCCAUGAUCGUGUUAAUGGGUCUUGGCCUGUUCAGAGGAGUCGGUCAAAUGCAUCCAGCGUUUAUUCCACCCAGACCCAGCCGCGACGUGACCGUGAACAUCCCCGCCCAGGGACUGCUAUCUCGACCGAUGUGCCAGCAGAACCGUUGUACGUCAGAACGGUUCCCUUCGCCAAUGGUGAUGAAGCUCGUCCCCCCGUUCACAUGUCUUGGCGGCCCCCAUCGCACCAUGGCAAACGGUCCAUCGACUACACUGCCCGCCCGAAGUCGGGCAUAGCUAUGCCACUCCCAGCUGCAGUUAGCACCACCACAAGAGAGCCUGCAAUCCCCAAUCUUCCAGUGGCGAGUGAGGCUACAUCGUACCCACCUCUUCCAGGAUCCUCAUCAUCUAGGACGGUCUGGGCUCCGAGUGCGACAGGACAUCAGAGGCAGAGAAGCGGCUCACGCGAAAUAAACGGAAGAGCCCCUGUCUCCCAGCAUGUACCUCUUCCGCCGUCCCAGGAACUGUCUCAAGCGCCCCCACUUCCGACUUCUCAGCGACCACAAGACACGACCAUGACACCUGAACCAAAACCUCCAGUGUGCCGCGCAACGACAACGCCUAGCCCCAGGUCCAAGGCUUUGAGAUCUCAUCCGCCAUUUGGUGCUCUGCCAAACCGCAGUGGCUCAUCAAGCGUCAGGCCGUCAACUGCUCCGGGGCUGCCAGCUUCGACGAUUGAGAACUGGGGAGUGCCACAGCAUAAAGUCUCUGUCAAAAGGAAACCUGUGGGGCAGGGCAGAACCAGUUCUGAGACAGACAGGCGAUCUGCGAUCGUGGAUGAUGAUUACAGCAGCUCAUGCUACGAGGAUGAUGAUAGUGACGUCCAGGACGAGGAAGAGACCGACGCCUCGGAAGGAUUGACUCGCACCCUAUCGAGGACUCAGAGACGGCUAUUGAGAGAGAAGGGAAAGGAACUGAAACGCUCAAACACGGCCAACAACUUCUCGAGACCAUUGCCACGAUCAAGAUCUCUCGUCAGUAUGAAUCGCCGCUCAUUUUCGGAUCAUUCCCAGACUACUAAUACGGCCUUCACCUUCAACGGCGGCGAGGUCCGCUACAAAGAAUGA